AUGACUGUAGAGGUGUACUGUGUGUCCAGUAUGUUUGUAGAAGUGUACUGUGUGUCCAUUGUGAUUGUAGAGGUGUACUGUGUGUCCAAUGUGAUUGUAGAGGUGUACUAUGUAUCCAUUAUGACUGUAGAGGUGUACUAUGUAUCCAUUAUGACUGUAGAGGUGUACUAUGUAUCCAUUAUGACUGUAGAGGUGUACUAUGUAAUCAUUAUGACUGUAGAGGUGUACUGUGUGUCCAGUGUGUUUGUAGAGGUGUACUGUGUGUCCAGUGUGAUUGUAGAGGCGUACUUUGUGUCCACUGUGAUUGUAGAGGUGUACUGUGUAUCCAUUAUGAUUGUAGAGGUGUACUAUGUAACCAUUAUGACUGUAGAGGUGUACUGUGUGUCCAGUGUGUUUGUAGAGUUGUACUGUGUGUCUAGUGUGUUUGUAGAGGUGUACUGUGUAUCCAUUAUGAUUGUAGAGGUGUACUAUGUAACCAUUAUGACUGUAGAGGUGUACUGUGUGUCCAGUGUGUUUGUAGCGGUGUACUGUGUGUCCAGUGUGAUUGUAGAGGUGUACUGUGUAUCCAUUAUGAUUGUAGAGGUGUACUAUGUAACCAUUAUGACUGUAGAGGUGUACU